AUGGACACGUCCACACUGUCCUUUUCCGAUUCAGACAAGCCUGACGCACCACGGACCUUGUCGGCGGUCAAAGAAACACCAGAACCCGAACCAUGGCACACGCGCUUGAUGGCUCCCUUGACAAAGCAGUUUAUCGCAAAGGGCGCCAAGGCGGCGCGUCACACCAGCGCAGCCGCCGUCGCUGCGGCGGGCGCGGCUGGCGCCCAGGCAGUCGCAUCAGCACAGUACCGACAGCUCGAGACCGUUGUGCAGGCCGUCGACGAGUUGCCGCCGUACGAAGGCGGUGACGGCCCGUCCACCGUGCUGAUUGUGUUUAUCCCCAUCCUCGUGGUCAUCCUCACGGUCCUCCUUGGCGUGUUGAUCUUUCUGAUUGCGCUGCUGUGCAUGAAGAGGGGCAAAGGCAUCCGACUCACAGAGGAUGGCGGACCCCUCGAUCUCUCACGGGGAGAUGGCGUCAUGGGCGAGGGCGGCACCGAGGGUGUCGAGGCUCGGUGGUUGGAGACUAUCGACCCAGACGUGUCGCAGGCGUAUCUCCGGGCCAAGGACUGGCAGAUGCAAUACCCACCGUCAUCUGUCCCCACCGACAUUACCCUCUCUCAAUUCCUCUCAAUUCAAGAAAAGGGUGUUUCGGCGUGGGCAUUCGAGCCCGACUAUGAGGAGAACCUCUCGCUCUACGUCCAGUCCCGAACAGAAAUCACUUUUUUGGCCGAUGGCCCCGGAAUGAACGUCCGUGAAGGUGGUGGCAACUCGGUCAUGGCCAACCUCCCGCUGCCGAAACUCAACGAGGUCUACUACUGGGAGGUGAAAAUGUACGAAAAGCCAGUUACUACCGAGGUCGCCAUCGGUCUGGCUACCAAGCCGUACCCCUCAUUCCGUCUGCCGGGCUGGAACCGCUUCAGCGUCGCAUACUUUGCGUCGGACGGGUUCAAGUCGCACAACUAUCCGUUUACUGCAUCGUCGUACGGUCCGCCCUUGGCCGAAGGCGACGUCUUGGGUGUGGGCUACCGUCCCCGCGCCGGCACCGUCUUCUUCACCCGCAACGGCCGCAAGCUCGAGGACUGCUACACUGGCCUUCACAAGUUGAACCUGUUCCCCACCGUUGGCGCCAACGGGCCCUGUACCUUGCAUGUCAACCUUGGCCAGGCUGGUUUCGUCUUUAUCGAGGCCAACGUGAAGAAGUGGGGUCUGGCACCCAUGGUCGGCACCCUUGCUCCUCCUCCCGCCUACGGCUCUGAGCGCGGCUCUAUCCUGCUCGACGCAGGCUACGGCACCCCCGGUUCUUCACAAAACUUGGGCGGUAUUGGCGCGUUGCUCGAGGCUGCUCGUGCCCGCUCUGCUCGUCCCAUUCCAGUCGCCGGCCCAUCGAGCCCUCCCGCUACCCCUCGUUCUUCUCGCCGCCGGGCUCGCCCUACCUCUGUCCCGGCCAUUUCCUCGCCCCUCCGCGACGGCCCGCCCCAGUCUCGCCGAGCUGCGCUCGCCGAGGCUGUAGGCACCUCAUACAUUUCGCCCACCGACACACCACUAGUCGCCCCGCGCGUCCCGGCCGUCGAGGAACUCGAGUCUUCCGACGAGUCAUCGUCGCAGGCAUCUUCCAUGCGCUCCCCGCCGAACCCACCCACGCCCAACGUGUUGGAUAUCUCGAUGCAGUCGCUUCGCGGGGAGCAGAGCUACUUUUCUCGCCGAGCGCAGCGUGCUGCCGCCGAGGACGAGGAGCCCAGUGGCGCGUCUUCCGCCACGUCUGGCGACUCUGGUUCGACCGCUCGCCCGUCCAUGGUCCGCGAGCCGUCGCUCGGCCCUCCCGAGGACUCGCCACCUCCGCCAGGAUACGCGCCGCUGGAUCCACACGUCUACUCGCAGGGCCUGCCCGCAGACUUGCCCGAGGAUUUGAUCAACCAGGCGAUUGCGGCGAUGGGCGACACGUGA